UAAUUUGUUUUUUUUCCAUAUUAAACGGACAUGUAAUAAUGUAGCUCAAUCACAUGCUAGUAAGAUCGGUAAUAACCUUAAAUAUAUACUUCGUAAGUAUAUUGGUUCGUUUCCUCGAACCUUAAUGGCUUAUUAAUUUUUUCGUAAUAAAAAUCUUGAAUUUUAUGGUUCACAAAACAUCAUCACAAUUCACAAAGCACAGUAGUCUGUCUCUAAACAGUAAACAGUAAACAGUAAACACUACACUCCAACAGUUGAGCAAAGGUGUUUUGGACCCCACAAUUCCCCGCCAAUUUCAUCAGCAUUAUCUUCUUCUCCAGAUUCUCUCUAUCUCUGUUUCUGUUUCUCCAAACUUCUUCAGAUUCCGAUUAUGGGUAAUGGGUUAGCUUCAAUUUCAUAAAAUGCAUUCUCAAAUUUCCAAAUUUCCAACCCAUAAAUUCAUUUCAAUUUCUACCCAUUUCCCCUCUAUUUCUUCCCAAAAUGAUUAUCAUUUUUAUACCCAUUUUUCUCCAAUCUUCAAUAAUCUUUCUCCUAAAAAACCCCGCAAAUCCAAUCUCAAGCGUCUUACUUCUCGCAUUGUUCAGUUAACUCGUCGCAGGCAACUCAAUCAGGUUUUUGAAGAAAUUGAGGUAGCGAAGAAAAGAUAUGGAGGGAUUAAUACAAUUGUGAUGAAUGCAGUGUUAGAGGCUUGUGUUCAUUGUGGUGACAUUGAUUCUGCACUUAAGGUGUUUGAUGAAAUGUCCAAGUCAAGGAGUUGCCGUGUUGAUAGUGUCUCUUAUGGUACUUUGUUGAAGGGUUUGGGUAAGGCUCGACGAAUUGAUGAAGCAUUUCAACUCCUUGAAGCAGUGGAGCGAGGUAGUGCCAUUGGGAAUCCAGAAUUAUCAGCAUCACUUCUCCACGGUUUGCUUAAUGCUCUUCUUGAUGCAGGAGACUUACGCCGUGCCAAUGGUCUUCUUGCACGCUAUGGAUUUGUGUUCCAUGAAGGCGGGAGCCCUUCAAUCUUGAUAUACAACUUGUUAAUGAAGGGAUACAUAAGUUCAGGCUCUCCCGAGGCUUCAUUUACUGUACAUGAUGAGAUGUUACGCCAAGGCUUAAAACCAGAUAAGCUUACCUAUAAUAUGCUUAUCCUUGCUGCAGUGAAGACAGAAAAACUGGAUUCUGCAAUGCAGUAUUUGGAGGAAAUGAAGGAUGCUGCACUGAAGUACAAUUUCGAUUAUCUUUUUCCGGAUAAUGUAACAUAUACUACUCUAUUGAAGGGUGCUGCACUUGCUAAAGAUAUCCAUCUGGUUCAGAAGAUAAUGCUGGAAAUGCAAACUUCUGAAAAGUUUUCUACUGACCGAGUUGCCUAUACUACACUUGUUGAUGCUCUGCUAAGCUGCAGUUUAAUCAAUGAUGCUCUAUGUGUGUUCGGGAAGAUAUUAAAGAAGGCAGGAGAAAAUUCAGAACUGCGGCCAAAGCCUCACCUUUAUCUUUCCUUGAUGUGUGCUUUGGCUCACAUUGGUGAUUUUUUUAUGGUGAAGAACUUACACAAUCGCAUGUGGCUGGAUACCUCAGGAACCAUCACUCCUGCAUCUCAGGAAGCAGCUGAUCACCUUCUAAUGGAAGCUGCUUUGAAUGCUGGCCAGGUUGAAGUUGCUGUUCAGAUACUUUCAAAUGUUAAUGCUAGAUGGAAAGGGCUAUCUUGGACAAGUCCUGGUGGCCUGGCAGCUUUACGCCUUGAGGCUUUGUUGGGCUUUGACCGGUCCAUAUUUUAUCCCUAUAUUCUGCCCCAGGUAUCAGUAGAUGAUACAGUGGAAAGCAUCAUGAUUCCAUUUGAAGAAGCUCGUCCUCUACAAGCUACCUUAAUGCUUAAGGAAGUGACCAUGCGUUUUCUGGAGGAAUCAGUUGUGCCCAUCAUAGAUGAUUGGGGCAAUUGUGUGGGACUACUGCACCGCGAAGACUGUACAGAUCUAAAUAAACCACUAUCAGCAAUGAUGAAGAGCCCUCCUCCUUAUGUGGCAGCCUCAACCUCCGCUGGCCGUGUGAUCAACCAAAUAUUGGAGAAACGGUACAAGAUGGUGAUAGUUGUAACAUAUAGCAACAUGUACAGUUCUUCCGGCUCUAGGCCUGUUGGAGUGUUUACUUCUGAGCAAUUACACAAGCUUAUUGAUAAUAAGCCUGCUUCAAAAUUGUCAGGACAAAAUUCUUCACUAUAUGUAAGACCUUCAUAAACUCAUAAUAUACCUCACUUUCCUGUAACAUUUUGCAAUCAUCUACAUAACUAGUAGUUCAAACUAAAUAAUUUUAGGAAUCAUUGGCAUAAAACAAAAGGUUUACCUACAUUGGUUACAUAUAGUAAUAACAUUUCAACGUGGUCUAAUUUUAUAAUUAAAGGGUGAUGAAAAGAACAAAUUAAGAUUUUUUUUUUUAAACAGAAAUCGGACUAGUUUGAUGUAUGAUUUUCAGCAAAAUCUAACAAGCAAUAACUUAUUGUGAAAGGAGGUUUUUUUUUCCUUUUUUUUCCCGUCCUUUUUUCUAGGAUGAAAUGCCAAUGCAUACAAUAACACUUGAUAUUUAACCUUUUUAAUAAUAAAGAAGCAAGUAAUUUUUUCUUUCCAAAAAAAAAAAAAAAAAAAAAAAAGGGAUGACUUGGAUAUUUGAUUCUUACAAACAUAACCAAAGUAUGAGAAUGUCUUGCAUGGUUGUCCAUAUGUCUUAUUUUGCGUACAUCUCGUUCAAUCAAAAUCUUAAGCAAAAAAUGAAAGUUAUUGAAAGAAAGAAGGAAAGAAAGAGGGGAAAGUAGCCUAAAAGGUAGUAAAAUAUGUUGUUAUCCAAACAAUCUUGGCGGUGUUAGCCAUUAGUUUUUGAGCUAAUUUUAGUCGAUCAAUAUCACCAUGAUGUAUUGAUUUUCUUAACGGCUAAGGUAUAUCAUACUACUAUGUAUCAUUCAUUCUGUU